CUGCAGCUGUAUUUUUUUUUUUUUUGCAGUGGACUCUGUGACGCAGUGGACUCCAUGACGCAGUGGACUCCGUGACGCAGUGGACUCCGUGACGCAGUGGACUCCGUGACGCAGUGGACUCCGUGACGCAGUGGACUCCAACACAUUAUGAUGGAUAGGGAGUCAGAUGGGCAUCCUCAGUGUCCUGACCACCAAGACGAGGCUCUGACACAGUCAGGGGGGGUCCCGGGUGGUCAUACAUCCCGCUCACAGAGUGCUAACGAUGGUCAGCUCGCUUGCGUCAAGUGUCAUGCCAGUCAAGGAAUCCAGCUGAGAGCGUCUGGACCAUCUCCAGGCGGCCCAGGAGGCAUCAGCAGGAAGCUGUGGUCGUUGAUGCAGGAGGAGAAGAUCAGCAUCAACAGACUCAUUGCAAGGUGUGAGGAGACACUGUGCCAGCUGGGAGAGUACCGGGGCCAGCUGGGAGACUGGAAGACUCACCACCUCCAACUCCAGGAUAGACUCAAUGGUCUGGUAGAGCAGAACAUGUCAGCCAUGAGGCUCCUGGACCAGGAGGACGCCAGUGUGGCGGAGAUGACCACACGAGGACAGGAAGAGAAGACGCACCUGCACGCCACAUUGGGGAGCCUCGACACACCCACAACAGAAAACGAGGCCAUCACUGCCACGAACAGAACUAAACAGUGCAAGAUGAAGGUGGAAGAUUGCAUCCAGAGGAGCCGGGAAAUUUUCCCAGAUGCCACCACUGUCCAAUUCUCAGUCAAGGUGCAGGAGACCAUCAGGAUGGCCCUGGAGAUGAUGACCACAGAGGCAGGUGUCAUUACAGCUGUUCCCGUCCACCUGGGAGACUCAGACUCCACCAUCAUGGAGAAAGUCGGAAAGAUUACUGGAGGAAUAUCUUUGAAACAGUUAACUGUAAGUUGCUGAAUAGUUCCAGGUUUUACCUUGAACUGCACAACAUUUUGGAUUUACCGAGACCGGGAAAAGAUUCGAGGUACAAUUUUCCAUCUCGGUUCCGACGA